UCCCAGCAUCAGCACCACACGGUUACAUGCGCUCUCUGGUUCCAAAGCGGAGAAGAGUGUCGGUGUCAAACCUGCAAGGCGAAAUCGAUCCGUUCUACAACACAAGGCAACAGGUUUUUCUCGAACUCUAGGACAUAAGGGCUGACUUGUCUUUCAAAUUCAACGUCGAAAGGGAAGUUGGAAGGCAAUUACUGGUGUGAGAACAAUCCACAGUCAUGGACGCGCUAAUGAAGGGGUUCUCAAAAGCCAAGGAUGGGGUCGCGGCAGCGGCAGAGAAGACCAAGCAGGGCGUGACUGGGGCGGCAGAGAUGACAAAAGGUGGUGUUAUCUUUGUCGGCAACAAAACAAAAGAUGGAGUCACAACAGUUGCAGGUAAAACGGUGUCUGGGGUGUCCCAGGUGGGCGGUGCCAUGGUGACAGGUGUCACAGCAGUGUGCAACAAGACUGUGGAGGGGGCGGGGAAUAUCGCUGCUGCGACCGGAUUGGUCAAGAAAGACCCAGCCAAACAGGAUGAAGAUGUUAUGUCUAAAGACUUGCCCAUCAACGAGUCUCCAGCGGACCCAGAGGGCGAUGAUGCUGCAGAGAAGGGUGAGGUUCCCGUGACUUCACAGUAAUGUUUUUGGGUUUCAUCCACCAUCAUCACCCUCCGUCUAUGGAGGAUUCUGAUGGCUAUUAGAGUACACUGCAUUAUCUCACAACGAGCAUUAUCCAGAACUACUGUAACCAUCCAGAAUCAAUGAUUAAAACAUUCCAUGUCGCACUGCCAA